AUCUUCACGCGCAACCGUCCCGCCACCCAAGCCGAGCCCUCGCAGCUCUUCCGCGCGCUGCAAGAGAUCGAGGUCCCGCACGAGGCUCCCCCCACCCCGCGCAGCGCCGGCACAGGAGCGGCACUCCGCGCGGUGCGGGUGCGGGUGUGGGUGGUGCUUAUGAGUGGUUCCGGCCCAGGGUGCUCUGUGGACGCGAAGCGUGCGCCCGUGGUCGUCCUGUCUCUGGGCGCGGACGUGGAGCUGACGUUCUGGCAAGAGGCGUCGACGCUACCCGGAGCACGCCCUGCAUCGAACUCGGACUUUGCAACAACGUAUCCGAAAGAAGAUGGUACCCCCUACGACGCUGAGGGGCUCCUGAUAGAAGAGUUGGUCGUUCAGACGGAGUUCCCGGCUGCAGCGGUUCCCAAAGUAGACAGCAAGACGAAGGGAAAGCCAAAACAGCUCGAGGAGGUUCUAAUGGUCACGCUCUACCAUGGCGAUAUGUUGGUUGUUGAGGGUGGUUUGUUUGAGUACUCGAUGAAGAAAGCGGGGAUGAGCAUUAGUAAGUGCAUCGAACCGUAG